CGUGCACAGAACGCAAUAACACUGUCAAACUGUACAACAUACAAAAUACAAACGUAGCGCUGAAUUACGCAGAUACGCUCGUACGCAAUAACAACAACAAUAACAGCAAGAAAAUCCAAUGCAGCUGCAAACUGGAAUUUUGUGUUAAGUGAAAAAGCAAAAACUAAAGAAACUUGAAGUUGAAAACGCUGCAACAAUUUGAAACAGCAACAGAAACAACAGCAACAACAACAAAACUUUCGAAACCCGAGCCAAGCACAUAGAAAAGUAGUUCAGAGCGCGAAAUACUUAAGCGCCAGCUGUUUGCAACUGCGAGAUACAUUUUUGCAAAUUGUGAAAUCUGCAAAUAUCUGAAAAGUGUGAUAGAGUCCCCCCCCCAUACCCUGUUGUGCACUAGUGAAAACAUACAUAGAUACAAAGCGAAAGAGCGAGCGAGAGAGACAGAUACAGAGCGAGAGAGAGAUACACAUACAGCUGGAGAAAACAGACAAAAGCCAAGCGAAAGCGAGUGCAAUUUCUAUUUUCGCGAAAAACAACAAGAAAACAGCUAACAAAAAAAGAAAAGAGAACAACAUUUUAUAUGUAUGCACAUAUAUUAUAAAUUCAACGACAACAACUCAAAUUGCAUUGGCAAUUCCGUGCAGGAAGUUCCAUAAACAAAAGAAAUUCAUAAACAAAUUACAAAUAACCGAGCACGUACAUAUCAAUACAUAUAUAUAUAUAUAUAAAUAUAUAUUUGAAAGAUAUAUAUAUUUGAACAGCGGAUGUCGUCGUCUUAAAAAUAUACCAAUAUACCAAAUACACAACAACAACAACAAGAACAACAACAACGUUGCGCAGCAAAAACAGUGUAGAGGCAAUUUUUGGAUUAACUUUCAUUAACUAGCUGAUUGUCGUUGAGCGCUGAGCGAUGCAAGUGGAGGCCAGUUACCCGAAAUACGCCGGACGCGUGCCACCGCUCGAUCUGUCGCAGGUCAAUGCCGGCCAGGAUCAACUGCAGCUGCAACAGCUGUGGGCCAGCAACGCGGCCGUUGCGAUGAAACGCCAUCAUCCCUACCAGAUGCUGGACAAGUGUCGUGGCGGCGCCGUUGCCCUCCUCAGCGAUGAUAAUAACAAUAACACAGGCCUUGCCACUGGCCCGAAUAGUCACACCAACCUGCUACAUCCCAUGGGCUCCGAUGGACUGCCACUCGAUCCGCGCGAUUGGACCCGAGCCGAUGUCUGGAAAUGGUUAAUCAACAUGGCUGUGUCUGAGGGUCUCGAAGUGACGCCAGAACUCCCACAAAAGUUCCCCAUGAACGGCAAGGCGUUGUGCCUCAUGAGCCUGGACAUGUAUCUGUGCCGGGUGCCCGUUGGUGGCAAGAUGCUCUAUCGUGAUUUUCGUGUGCGACUCGCUCGCGCCAUGGCGCUGCUCUCCUAGUUGACGGCAGCGGAGUGUUGUGGGGGGCGAAGAAGUCUCAACUCUCUCUCUGAGUGAAUUACCUAAUCAGGUUGUACAUAUACAUAGUAUAUACAUACAUAUAUAUAUAUAUAUAGCACCUAUAGCUAACCUAGCGCUAAGCAUUUGUCGUAAGUUUUAGUUAUAAUGAAUUUGUUUAAUCGCUUAAGUAAUCGGAGCUUGCCCCGCCCCCCCAUCCAAAAUAAACGUGUGGGGGCGGGGCACACUUCAAAUACUGUCCUAUUAGUUAUUUAAGUUGCAUCUAAUGAAAAUAUAAAAUGAAAUUUUAUCAAAUGAA